AUGUUCGCUAAAAAAACUCCCAUUAAGUUUGGACACGGGCUGAGCACUAGUGUUCCGAAAAGUAAAGACGUUCUCCCCGAAGUAGCCUUAGCGGCUAUCGCUUCUUACAAAAAGCAAAAAGAAGUUAGUGACUUUAUGAGCUUUUUUCUCGGGGCUCUGGAGCGGAAUUCCGAUUGGCUAAACGGGGUCGUUGGCAAGCAAACGAACUUCAGAUGCGCAUUGAUGGUAGGAGCUGGACCGAACCGAUUUCAACUUCAGGAAAUAAUAUACCCGACCAGCGAAAACGAUAUCCAGCUAGAAGUAGAGCAUAGAGAUUCGGAAGAUUACGAUAAAAUCGCUAUUGCAGCUUUAUUGAAACUUACGAAUUUUGAAAUCGACCAGCUAUUAAAAUAUAUUAAAAAUCGCCUACAUGACAAUCGUAUUUUGAAAGAAGAUUUGCUAAAAGGAAAAUCUUUGGGAAUAAGUUUCGCAGUUUUGAGACCUUUUUCGGAAAAACAAUACCGUGUUGUUGAAAGAAUAACAAUAGGUAGUUCCAUGAAAUGCGUAAUACCAGUGAAGAAAAGGCGACUAGAUGAGAAAUCGAUUGCUAGGUCUCCUUUAAAGAAGACAAAACGCUUUGCUUAG